GUGAGCUAUGCCCGCAAGAGGUUUAUGUGAAGAUGGAGAAUCUGCGCUCACGGCUGAAGUUUGGGAGCAAAGUGGAGGACGUGAAGCUGAGAAGACGUAAAUCCCAGCUGUACUCCAGGCAGGAGGAGAGUCCUCUGAACAUCGGUGUGCUGAGCGUGACCGUGUUUUGUGUGGUGUUCAGACUGAUUAACUGCCUCCUGGUUCAAACCAGCUUCGUCCCGGAUGAGUACUGGCAGUCUCUGGAGGUCUCCCAUAGGAUGGUUUACAAUUAUGGGUAUCUGACCUGGGAAUGGAAGGCGGGAAUAAGAGGAUUCUCAUAUCCACUUCUCUUUGCAUUCUUAUAUAAGAUCUUACAGUUCAUCAGCUACGACUCGGUUCAGCUGCUGAUUUGGCUUCCGCGAAUUCUUCAGUCGCUUCUGGCUUCGUUUGCUGACGUGAAAUUCUUCUUCCUGCUUCAAACGCUGGAAAAUCAGGAUGUUGCAAGAUGGACAUUCUUCUGUCACAUGUGCUCCUGGUUCACGUGGUUCUGCUGCACCAGGACUCUGACCAACAGCAUGGAGGCCACCAUCACCACCCUGGCUCUGUCUUACUUUCCUCUGCCCGGGUCCAAAACACACAGCAGUAAGAAGUACUUGGCCCUGGUGGCCUUGGCUGUGAUUAUUCGCCCGACGGCCGUGAUCGUCUGGUUUCCUCUGCUGUUGUAUCAUUUCUGGCAGGAAGACAAACUGAGGCUCAUCACUCAUAACUACAUUCCCAUAGGGACGUUGGCCCUUGUCACUUCAACGGCGAUUGACUGUUUUUUCUAUGAGAAGUGGACACCAGUGCAGUUCAACUUCCUCAAGUUUAACAUCUUGCACAGUGUGGCUGAUUUCUACGGCUCUCACCCCUGGCACUGGUACCUCACUCAGGGGUUCGCCGUCGUGAUCGGGCCUCAUCUCCCGCUUUUUCUUCACGGUUGCAUGCUCGCCUUCAAGCGAUACAAAAUCCUGCUGGCAGCGGUUGUCUGGACCAUCGCAGUUUACAGUUUGCUUCCACACAAGGAGUUCAGAUUCAUUUAUCCAGUGCUGCCUUUCUGUAUGGUUUUCUGUGGGAUUUCUUUGGCUCAUCUGAAAUCGUGGCGUCGACCUGCAGCAGCCGUCUUGUUAUCGGCCAAUCUUAUUCCUGCUCUGUACACUGGUCUGAUUCACCAGCGAGGCACUCUGGACGUCAUGAACCACCUGCAGCCACUUUGUGACGUAGGCAAUGUCUCCACCACCCGUCCACAGCCGGAUGUCCUCUUUCUCAUGCCCUGCCACUCAACACCCUUCUACAGCCACAUCCACUGCCCAAUUAAGAUGAGAUUUCUCGAGUGUCCUCCAGAUCUGGGAGAGGAAGCUUACGUGGAUGAAGCUGAGAGAUUUUACGAGGAGCCUCUUCUCUGGUUCAGGACCUCGUUCCCAUACGAGUCCUCUCUGCCCACCCAUCUGAUCAUGUUUGAUGUUUUGGAAAAGGAAAUCUCAGCAUUUUUGGAAGGGAAUAACUUUGUGAGGGCAGCAAAGAUAUUUCACACUCAUUUUCCUGAAGGAAGAGUCGGAGGAAGCAUCUUUAUUUAUGAAAGGCACUGACAAACACUGGAACAAUGGCAACUUUCUGUCCUUAUGGCAAAACAUGUGGGGUUUUUUUCUUUUUCAAAUGGAAAUAAAUAUUUUACACUUAAA